AUGAAAAGGUUCAGACGACAUGGCCACGAGUCCCAGAGAGAUAGACUCAAACAGGACCUUUUCCAGUUCAACAAGACGGUGGAGCAUGGCUUCCCACACCAACCGAGUGCCCUCGGCUACAGUCCCUCUCUGCAGCUGCUGGCAAUUGGUACCCGUUCUGGAGCAAUAAAAUUAUAUGGAGCCCCAGGGGUGGAGUUCAUGGGUCUCCAUGAUGAGAAUGCCGCAGUCACACAAAUCCAUUUCCUACCCCGCCAGGUUGAGCUGGUGACUCUACUUGAUGACAACAGUUUGCACAUGUGGACUUUGAGAGCCCACACAGGACUUUCAGAGCUUCUAGAGAUAGGACGCUUCACUCUUACUGGUCCACCAGGUGCCCCUCCAAGUGUGACCAGGGUGACGGCAGUCUUGGCCCACUCUUCUGGGGAUCUGUUGCUGCUGGGAUCGGAAGGGGGGCAUGUCUUUAUUGUUCAGGUCCCUGGCUUCAGAGAGCUCGAGGAAAGGAACAUCAGCCUUGCUUCAGUUGCCAACAGUGUACCAGAUGACUGCAUGGGGCAUAGAAGUUUAGAACAUGUUGAAGCCUUACAGGAGAACCCAGUCAACCCUAAUCACAUUGCUAUUGGUUAUGGACGAGGUCUAAUUGUCAUUUGGGAUCUUGAAAAACGUCAUGCCAUCCAACACUUCCCAGCAACUCAGCAAUUGGAGAGCUUAUGGUGGACAGAGGACAGAGGAUACAUUCUUAGUUCUCACAGUGAUGGGAGCUAUUGUCGUUGGAAGUUUGGUGAGGAAGAUGAAAACGAGAUUGAGAAAUCAGACAUUCCUUAUGGACAUUUCCCUUGCAAAGCGAUUUCCAAAAUAGUUCAGCUGCAUACAAAAGAGGGGACACCAUUCCUCCUCUUCAGUGGUGGCAUGCCAAGAGCAAGUUUUGGAGACAGACACUGUAUCACUGUAAUCCAUAAUAAAACACAUAUCGCCUUGGACUUCACCUCCCGGAUCAUUGACUUCUUUGUCAUCAAAGACGUCAGUGGAGAUCCCAGUGCUUUAGUGGUCUUAGUUGAAGAGGAGUUGGUCGUGAUUGACCUGGAGGCGCAGGGGUGGCCGGUGAUUCAGACACCUUACCUGUUUCCGCUGCACAGUUCGGCAAUCACCUGCUCACACCAUGUCGCUGCUGUCCCUGUUAAACUGUGGGAGAGAGUUCUUGCUGCCGGAGAACUACAAAAGACAAAUUACUCCAAAAAGCCAUGGCCCAUAACUGGAGGGCAGAAUUUGGCACCGGAUCCUCCCCAGAGAGAUCUUUUGCUCACAGGGCAUGAAGAUGGAACUGUGCGCUUCUGGGAUGCUUCUGGAGUCUGUCUGUAUCCGAUGUACACAUUGACCACUGCAGGAGUCUUCCACACAGACACUGACCCUAAUGACAACAUGCAUCAAGGUGCUGAAGGAGAGUGGCCACCUUUCAGAAAGGUUGGCUGCUUUGACCCCUAUAGUGAUGAUCCAAGGCUUGGCAUUCAGAAGAUUCUGCUUUGUAAAUAUAGUGGUUAUCUUACUGUUGCGGGAACAGCUGGACAGAUUCUGGUGCUGGAGAUCAAUGAUGAAGCAGCAGAACAGAUUGUAGAAGCAAAAGUUGUUGAUUUGCUGCAAGGCCAAGAAGGAUUCCGUUGGAAGGGGCAUACACGUCUAGAUGUUCGAGAAGAGCCGGUACUUUUUGAGGCAGGCUUCCAGCCCUUCACUCUGGUGCAAUGUCAGCCUCCUGCCGUCGUCACAGCUCUUUGUCUUCACUCGGAGUGGAAGCUGGUUGCUUACGGCACCAGCCAUGGCUUUGGAUUAUUUGAUUACCAACAAAGAAAUAAUGUCUUCAUUAAAUGUACUCUGAACCCAAGUGACCAGCUUGCCAUGGAGGGUCCUCUUUCCAGGGUGAAAAGCAUUAAAAAAUCACUCCGCCAGUCUUUUAGAAGAAUAAGACACAGUCGAGUCUCACUACGGAAACAUCACAUCACCAACACUGCCAAGCUCCAGGAAGCGAAUGCUCGAUUGGAGGCCGAACUGGCUGAGAUGGAGUUGGCACCUGUUCAAAGGAAGAUUGAAGCUCGUUCUUCAGAUGACUCUUUCACUGGUCUUGUGCGGAUACUUUACUUUGCUGAUACCUUCCUCUCAGACAGUUCACAUAAUACUCCUUCCCUUUGGGCAGGGACCAAUGGUGGCUGUGUAUAUGUAUUCAUACUCCGUUUUCCUUCUGUCGAGCAUAGGAUAGAUGAGCCUAUUACUGCACACCCUGCAAAGGAAAUCCAGCUCAUGCACCGUGCCCCUGUUGUUGGCCUUGUCGUAUUGGAUGGUCACGGUGUACCUCUUCCUGAGCCACUGGAAGUAGCUCAUGACCUUGCGCGUUCGCCUGAUAUGCAUGGGUCCCAUCACCUUGUUGUUAUAUCUGAGGAACAGUUCAAGGUGUUCGCCCUUCCGAAGGUGAAUGCAAAGACCAAGCUGAAGCUAACAGCUAUGGAUGGCUCUAGAGUACGGCGAGUCAGCGUGGCCUGGUUUGGCAGCAGUCGAUCGGAGGAUUAUAGCGAGAGCGACUUGGUGGUUCUGACGAAUCAAGGUGACCUGCAUGUCAUAUCGCUACCCGGAGUGAAGCUGCAGGUGCGCUACCCGUGUAUCCGCAAAGAAGAUGUAAGCGGCAUUGCUUCGUGUGUCUUCACAAAACAUGGGCAAGGCUUCUACUUGAUCUCUCCAUCUGAGUUUGAACGCUUCUCGCUGUCCAGCCGCUUCCUCGUAGAGCCUUGCUCUCUGGUGGUGCUUCCAGAUCCCUCAAUUCAAAGCACGUCAAUGCCAGAUGGAUCUUUAACACCGCUAAGACAAGCCAGCAAAGAAGUUGGGGAUUCAGACAAUUCAGCUCGACGUGUUAUGGAGCAUGCUUUGCUGAACGAUGAGAAAGUGCUGCAGGAGAUCCAGAAGUCACUAGAAGGGGACCAACUUUAG